GUCGGGAUCCACCUGCGGAUCGGCUCCGACUGGCAAAACGCCUGCAGGCUGCUGGAGAGCGGAGAGACGGGACCUCACUUCAUGGCCUCCCCUCAGUGUGUCGGCUACGACCGCCAGACCGCCCGCCCCCUCACCUCCACCAUGUGCCUCCCUGACCUGGCUGAGAUCCUCAGAGCCGUGAGGUUGUGGGUGAGGAAGACCUCGGCACGCUCCGUCUACAUCGCCACUGACUCGGAGUCCCACAGCAGCGAUGUGGAGAAGCUGUUUCAGGGCAAGGUAAAGGUUGUGACCCUGCAGCCAGACUGGGCCCAAACGGACCUCUACAUCUUAGGACAGGCCGACCACUUCAUUGGGAACUGCGUCUCAUCCUUCUCCGCCUUCGUUAAGAGAGAAAGGGACAUCCGUGGACUGCCGUCCUCGUUCUUUGGCAUGGACAAUCCUGGGAAAGUCGGCGGGAGAGAAGAACUCUGAGCUGACCCUCUCUUGAUGGAAGAUGGAGCCAAGGAGGCACGUAGAGAUCAAAGGGGCACCGUCGGCUAAAACCCACUUCCAGAGAAAUCCGACAUGAAGCCUCCUGCUGUGACGUUUACUGGCUCAUCCUGGGGCUGCGGCCAUGUUUUAGUCCAUGUGUGGGCCCGACUGGACCUUCUGGUCCGGAGAAAAAGGACCAGACACCGCGGACCCACUCAGUAUUGCGGACCGUUUAACGUUCACCUGGAAAGCUGAAACGUGUCACCGUCACCGUGAACGAUGAGCGAGUUUAAUAAACUUUCAUGUCAUUUUCAUUUGGAAAAGAUGUUUUUGUGUUGAAAAUUGAAAACAGCAUUUUAAUUAGUUACAAAUCCCAACGGGAAUGAUGUCACAUGAUCCGCUGGCAUUCUGUUUGUGUUGCUAAAUCUUCUCAGUGGCCCGCCCUGGGACUGGGAGGUGGGGGUUCGAUUCCCGGCCGGGUCAUACUAAAGACUUGAAGAAUGGGGCCCAACGCGCUGCUGGUCAGGCUAGAGACUUCCACCGACAGCAACGGGUGUUGAAACCACGUUAAUCUGUUCAAAGUUGUUAAAACAUUUCUAAUAAAAAAAUACAAAAAUAUA